AUGUCCUCCCCUGUUCCUCUUGUUCUCUGCCCCCCAUGCCCACCUUGGCCCCCUCCCUCCUCUGUCCCCCUUGUCCUCCCCUGCUCCCCACAGCCUCUGCCCCCCAUCCCCCCUCGGCCCCUCCCCAAAUCCUUGGGCCACCCCCUUUCCUCCCACCAGGAAGGAGACAGAGUUUUCACGACCACUACGGUCACGGGCGGGUACGCCGAGUACGCCGUGGCGUCCGGCGACACUGUGUUCCCGCUGCCGGAGAACCUGGACUGUGGUCAGGGGGCGUCCAUCGGGAUCCCCUACUUCACGGCCUUCCGCGCCCUGGUACACAGCGCCCGCAUCAAACCCGGAGAAAGCGUCCUCAUUCACGGCGCCAGCGGAGGAGUCGGGGUGGCGGCCUGCCAGAUCGCCAGAGCUUACGGCCUCAGGGUUUUGGGCACAGCUGGCACGGACACGGGGAGGAAGGUCGCCCUGGAGAACGGCGCCCACAAGGUCUUCGACCACUGCCAGCCCAAUUACAUGGAUGAGAUCGAGGAGUACUUGGGGGAGGACGGCGUGGACGUGAUCAUCGAGAUGGCCUCCCACAUCAACCUCGCCAGGGACCUGAAGCUUCUGGCCUAUGGAGGACGAGUGAUAGUCGUCGGCUCCAGGGGCCCCAUAGAAAUCAACCCCAGGGACAUCAUGGCGAAGGAGGCCAGCAUCAUGGGAGUCAGCCUGUAUUCGUCAUCCAAGGAGGACUUCACACGGUCCUUGGCCGCGCUGCUGGCUGGCAUGGAGAUGGGCUGGCUGCGGCCGGUGAUCGGGCCCUCUUACUCGCUGGAGCGGGCCGCCGAGGCCCACCGGGACCUCAUCGACGGCGGGGGGGCUUCCGGGAAGAUGGUUCUGGUCACGAGCUGAGCCGGGCUGGCGCCGGGGACGCUCCUGCCCUCCCCUUGGAGCUCCUCGGGGUCGCCAGAUCAGCGUUUCUCUCCCAGCGAGGCCGCCCUGUGAGGAGGACCGACCAGCGCGUCCCCGCAUUUGUGGCCCAACCGUGAUCGGCCAAAAGGAAAAUAUAAACUGUGAACUAAA